AAUCACACCGGAGGCAGAAAUGAAGCGCACGUUACUCUCAGUCCUUUGUUUGGGAUCUUUGGCAGCAACUGUCUUAUGGAUAACGUACAAUAAUGAAUUAAAAAUCAGAUAUCAAUACCCCAAGAUUUACUCUGAAAUCUGGAGGCGGAACGAGAAGAACUACAAUGAUUUCAGGUCGUUGCUGCACUCGCAGUGCAACGGUUUUGACAAAGCCAUCAUCACCCAGGCAAACUCUCCGAUUGGAACACACAUCACAAAAUUCCACGUGGUGACCGAGUCCUUCUAUGGGAAAAUACCAAGUGAGCACCCAUUUUUGAAUAAAACAUGGGACACCUGUGCUGUUGUUGGAAAUGGAGGGAUCCUCUACGACAGUUACUGUGGCAAGAAAAUAGACUCUGCUGAUUUUGUGAUCCGGUGCAAUUUACCUCCGAUAGGAAAUGCCUUUGAGGAGCAUGUGGGCACCAAGACGAGCCUGGUGACCUCCAACCCCACCGUUUUCCUGACCCUGAGAAACCCUGACAAAUUGCUGCAGAGGGUCGAGCCAUUUGGGGACUCAAUGAUUCUGAUACCUGCCUUUGGAUACCUGUCGUCUUUGUCCUUCAAGACCGUCCGCACCCUGAAAGAGCUGAACAACCCAUCCCGGCCUGUCUACUUAAACCCUCAGUACAUGAGCAACCUAACUGAGUUCUGGCGCAACAGAGGAGUGAAGGCCUCUCAGCUCAGCAGUGGUUUGAUCAUGGUCAGCGUGGCGCUGGAAGUUUGUAAAAACGUCCACGUGUAUGGAUUCUGGCCCUACAGUAUUCAUCCAUUUGGACGAUAUCACAUCCCACACCACUACUAUGACAACGCAUUGCCCAAAAGCUUCCACAAAAUGCCUGUGGAGUUUGAUCAUCUGUUACAUCUUCACUCACAGGGAGUGCUCAGGCUGCACCUAGGUACUUGUGAGAAGUGAUUCCUCUUUGGCCAAACAUUCAGUUGACGCUUGAAGAAAAUUGCACAUAUUGUUUUCCAGAUAUACUGUAUUUAAUUGCAUCAUUUUGUCAUCAUGUUUGGAAGUAUUGGUUGAAAGAAGGACAUCUGAACAUGUUUUUUAUGGAUCUCCACAUUUCUCUUUCACAACUUUUUUUUAAACUGGGGGUUGAGCAUCUUUCCAGUGCCGCUACUUUUUUUAAUGUGUGUAAAUAUGUGGACUCUAUAAUGAAACAACUUGAAUUAUGAAUGGUUUGGUUUACAAAAGUAGACAUUGUUUACAAGAAUACACUCAUUACGACUUCAGUCUGAGGGUCUGGCCUUUGUGGGUGUGCAUUCUAAAUUGUGGGGCAAAGGCGGGGGAUGGAAGCUGAGGGCAAAAGGUGUUCGGUGCACACACAUGUGCACACACAUUAGAAAUAUAGGAACACGAGAGAAGCAAGGGUUGAAAGAAAUUACCAUGAGGACGCAAAGCAACCAUCUGGCGACACGAGAUGGAACCGAGGUGUUGAACUCCAUGUGGGCUUGACUGGCAAAUGAGUCCCAGCCGUGCCGCUCGGAAAGCCGGGGAAAAACAAGGAAACAGAAACAAAAUAAAACCACGAGAGAACACGGAACAUAUCAAUUUGUUUGCAACUGUAUCUCUCAAUUUGAAGGAUAGUGAGAAGCAUCAAUCCAUAUUGAUGUAUUCAUGUGGGCUCAUGCAUUACCUUACUUUAUUUUAUUUUACUUUAUUUUUGUCAACAUGUGAGGACUGCAGCGCCUCUGCCUGUGCACAGACAAACAGGCUCACACUCACUAGUGUCUUCGUCCUCUCUCACACUCAUAUACACAACACUGGCUCACAUGUAGACAGUCACUUACAGGACACAGAAAUCUGCCUACACGCACUCACCAGCCACAAGCUCAACAACGUCUUCACUCACACACUGAAACCCCCAGAAUGUAUCUGACACUAAAGUUAAUGUGGCUUCAGUCAUGAGACAUGAGGCCAUAUAAGUUAAUCAUUGGGUGACUUUGACAAGUCAGUGCACACAAGCCAUGCUGUUGCCACGUGCAGUGCAUCAGCGAAAAGUAGCGACAGGCUCAUGAGGUUUCUUGAAACAGUGCCCUGAUCUUUGGAGCCACAAGAGAGCGCUCUCUGCUUUAACAUCUUUGAACAGCCAUUUUAGUGGUAUUUUAAAUGCUCAGAAAUGAGGGGACCCUUUUUCAUGAAGCCUCAGUAGCUAGUUUACCAUGAGUCAGAAAACAUGCAUUGUCUCUGCGUUGAUGUGCCUUAAGUCUAAAAAAACAAAAAAAAAAGAAAUGCAAUUCAGUUUGUUAAUAUGUAGUUGAACACACAGUCAUGUUCUAAAUCGCAUCCAAGGUUUUUGGCCGUGAUCUUGACAUGUCUUCCUCACAGUAGUCACCACCGAGAGACUGCUUGUUGUUGUCGUUGGCAGGAGGAAGGAGGAGGAGGAGGAAGUACUGCUGCAAGCCUGGCAGAAAACAAGGGACCGGCUGGUAGCGUUAGAAGUUAAAAUAAAAAAUGUUAAUAAACUAUGGUCCACUGAAACUGUUAACUAUUGAAAGACUUGCUUUUCCAGUCCACAAACAGCACCCAAUUUCGCUUCAAAUGUUCCACAUCAAUCCGGAAAUGUAGAGUACUGAGGAGAAGUAGAAGUAGCUUUUGUUGAGUUUAGAUCCAUCACUGCUUAUUUCUGCUGGCCAUUUUUCACUGGUCACCCUCUCAUGUAGCUUGCAAACAACAAUACUCUGCCAUACUUCCGCUGCCAUACCACUGCUUAUGAACUCUGAACAAGUCUAUUUGACUCUUGAUCUCUGGAAUAGUUUGAAAUAUUAUACUGAGCUGUGUAAUCUGGAAGAGAAGCAUUAUUACAUGCAGAAGUCAGAACCUUUUCAUGGAGACCAUGCAGGCACAUUUUUGGGGGGCAGAUUCACAACCUAGAAAAAAAGGGGAACCUGUCACAAAAAUAAGAAAUGAAUUUGUCAUGUGUCGCUAGGGGUCCUUUACCAUUCACACCGUUGAAACAACUGAACAACCUCAUAAAUAUGUGCACGUGAAACGUGACUGCAGGGAGGCGCACUGGUUGGAGGGGGGCAGGAGACCAUGCCCACCACUGUUCACACAGUGAGUCAUAAACAUAUAUAUCAGUUACAUAUUACAUGGUUGAAUAUUAACUGGCCUUAGAUAUCAAUUUAAACUCCUGAAAUGACCACUUGAUGGUAAACUAUUUAAACCAAACACUAUCUAUAAAGUGUAGAUCAAAGGGUUUGAGAUAAGGCUAGUGGAGCCACGUUAUCAUUUUCUUUUCAGUUUCCUUUCAGCUUUUUUCCCGUAGACAUUUCAAUGGACCAUUAUUUGCAGUGACUUUGGACUCUAACGUCAUCCCAUCGCUGUAUGCUGUAUGUUAAAUGGCUUGACAGUCACUGAAGUGGAAUACGAAAAAUAGAAAUCGGAAAAAGGAAUGUGUUUGUGAUUUAUUAAUCUCAAUGAAUCGCAGUUUAAUGGUAUAAGAAUAUUUGCCACAAGAAGCCACGCAUGAAUUUGAUAUAUGACUGAAUCAAAUGAUGGAGCCAUACAUACAUUUAAACAACAAAAUAUUGUUUUAUUUAUUUUGACAAUAGAAAAUAUUUGUAUAAGAAUUUCAAUUUCAUAAGAAUUUCAAAUACAUUCAGAGUAGUGGAAACCCUGGAACAUU